AUGUCAUCGCAACCCCAUCCGUUUGAUCCCCUCUCUCCAAAGGAAAUCGCGAUUGCAAUACGAGCGUUUGCGAGAGAUGAAUUGAUUACCUUUAGAGUCAUUACUCUCGCUGAACCGCCGAAGAAAGAGAUGAUCGCAUUCCUCGAAGCCAUCGAAGCCAACGUUCAAUCCCCAUCUCCUCCCAAGAGAGUUGCUAAGGUCCACGCGUAUUAUUCCAAAGAGUUCCACAAGAUCAAGGUCGAUAUUCAAGCUCAAACAGCCAUCUCGAAUGACAUUCUUCAUGGGAGGCAUUCCCAUGUUGAUUCUGCGUACAUGAAGCAGGUGGAAGAAGCAUGUCAUCAAGAUCCUCGUGUUCAGGCAGAGAUACAGUCGCUUCAGCUGCCUAAAGAAGCCACGGUCAUUGUUGAGCCUUGGACGUAUGCCACAGAUGGAAUGAACGAUAUGAACGUGAGGAUAACCAUGUGUUGGUUCUACAUGCGGCUAUCUGAUCACUCAGAUGCUAAUUACUACGCCUACCCUUUGGACAUCAUUGCAGAAGUUUCAGAAUCUCUAAAAGUCACAAAAGUUUCGCGCCUACCUUCAGGAGUCGAUGAGGCGUCCUCCAAUAAUAAGCCUUUCGAUUCUCACAAGAUUCACACUUCCAGUGAGUAUCAUCCAGAUUUACAAGCAAACUUUCGGGAAACAACUCGCCCGCUCCAAAUUUUUCAGCCAGAUGGACCAUCAUUUCAAAUCGAUGGGAACUUUCUCAGCUGGGAGAAGUGGACCAUGCGAGUCGGUUUCAAUUAUCGUGAGGGAUUGACGUUGCAUAACGUACAGUACGAUGGGCGUAGCCUCUUCUACCGCCUCUCCUUGUCAGAAAUGUUCGUUCCAUACGGUGAUCCACGCUGCCCAUAUCCACGAAAGGGUGCUUUCGAUCUCGGAAAUGAUGGGGCAGGAGUGAAUGCAAACAACCUUAAGCUUGGAUGUGAUUGCCUCGGGCAUGUCAAGUACUUCAAUUCUUGGCAUGUAACAAGCACGGGGGAUCCUUUGAAGAUGCCGAACGUCGUCUGCUGCCACGAAAUCGAUGAUGGGAUUCUUUGGAAACAUACUAACUUCCGGUCUGGCGAUGCUGUUGUAACUCGGUCGCGGCUUCUUGUCCUUCAAACAAUCAUCACCGUAUCUAACUACGAGUACUGCUUUCUUUUCUACUUCGGCCAAGAUGCAUCAAUCCAUUACGAGGCACGCGCAACCGGUAUUUUGUCAACGGCACCCAUUGGUAUCAGUGACCAGGUCCCAUACGGUACGGUUGUUGCACCUGGAGUCCUUGCACCAUACCACCAACACCUUUUCUGCCUCCGCAUUGAUCCAUCCCUCGGUGGGCAUCAAAUUUCCGUCGUUUCGAAGGCACUCUCUGAAGAAACGGGCCUGGAUCUUGAACAUCAGAAAAAUCGUGUAUUCAAGAUUGUCAACGAGGGUAAGGUCAAUCCAAUCACUGGGACUCCAGUUGGAUUCAAACUACUUCCAUGUUAUAGCCAAAUGCUGCUGGCUCAUCCGUCCUCGUACCACUCUAAGCGGUCCGAGUUUGGAGCUCACGCUGUAUGGGUUACCCGGCACUCCGAUGAGGAGUUAUUUGCCUCUGGUGAGCAUACGAUGCAGUCAUUGGGCGGAGAAGGCAUUGCAUCAUGGAUUAAGAGCCGCCGCGAUAAUGAAAAGGCUGAAACUGGGGUCCGAAAUGAAGAUAUCGUUGUAUGGCAUACGUUCGGCUCAACCCAUAAUCCGCGGAUCGAAGAUUGGCCAGUGAUGCCGUGCGAAAAGAUGGUAGUAGGCUUGAAGCCAGUCAACUUCUUCGACAAGAAUCCUGGAUUGGAUGUUCCCAUCUCCACACAAGAGAAGAACCGGAGCGUGCUACAGGGAACACAAGGCGCUGUGAGAGAAUGCAGGAUAAGAGGUAUAUAG